GGGAAACUGACCGCCACCAAACGAUCGCCAGGGACCGAUGACAGCCAACAAGACCCUCGUUUUCUUCACGUAUACCAACGUUUUCAUUAUAAUUUGAGGUUAAACUAGAGCUACUCUAUCGUUACACAUCAUCACCUCCUCGCAAUGUCCUCACGCCGUCGCCUUGUCUCGCGCACAAACCAAGACGCAGCAGCGUCCUCCCCCGCCGCACCUCGCACCCAAGCAUCCUCCUCCGCAUCCCGCUCAGCCCUACCCCCCUACGAACCACCAGUCCACCCCCUCACCUUCUCAGCAAAGCAGCAACUCAACACACUCGUCGACGAUACCGAUUACGGGAAGUACCGCAAGCACCUCGCCACAGCGAUCACGACGCUCUCAAACGCGACGGUGGAGAGCAAUGACACACUGAGCCUGGCCAGGAUGAAGCUUGAGCGGCAGGUUGAGCGGAGGAAAGCGAGGGAAUCGCAACGGGAGGAUGAGGAGGGGGAGAUGGAGAAGACGGAGGAUGAGGUCGCGAUGGAGGAACGGGUCGCGAAGCUAGAGGCUGAGGUGGAGAGGCUGACGCAGGAGGCGGAACUGGCGACAAGGGAGCUGAUCGAUUACUCCGAGGAGUUAAAGAGACAAGAAGGCCUGAUCAGGGGCGUUGCGGAGAAGGCAGCUACAGCGCCGCGGCCUCACCAGGGUCGCAACCCGAGGAGGCGCCGCGCAGUAGACGGCUCGGACGACGACAAUUCGGACGACCCAGACUUCGAGGUCCCUGACGCCGACGCCGACGCCGACGCCGGAGCAGAUACCCCCAGUGUGACGGAGCUCCUCGCCGAAGCACAAGCCGCGGCCGCAGCGCAGUACGCCGCGAAAUCGAUGCGAGCACGCUACGCUGACAACAACGACUACCAGACCUUCAAGAAGCACGUGCACGACGCCUCGCACCAUGGUGCCAACGCGCCACCCCUGCCUCCAUCAUCGGCGUGGUUCCCAUCGACGACCGAGGCGAGCGCACAGGGCCGUAUUACGCGCGGCGCGGCGAACAAUGGCGAUGAGAGCGACGAGGACCUCGUGUUUGCGGGUGCAGUGAGCAGUCUCAAGUGUCCUCUGACGCUGAAGCUAUUCGAGGUCCCAUAUAGCAACCGCGUGUGCCGGCAUACGUUUGAGAAAUCGGCGUUGUUAGAGAUGUUUGAACGAGGCGCGACGGUAUUUUACGAAAAUUCGCAGGCGAGGGGACGGAAUCGCGGGCCGGGUGUGAGGAAGUUGAAGUGUCCGAGCUCGGGAUGUGAUGUUAUGCUGGAGUUGGGGGAGUUUUAUGAGGAUGAGAUGGUGAAGAGGCAGGUGAAGAGGGCGAAGGCUGCGGAGGCGGCGGCGGAGGGGGAGAGUGAGGGAGAGGAGGAGGGGCAGGCGGUGGAUGUGGAUAUGGAUUCUAAGGAUCAAGGGUUUGAUGGGUAUGAGGAGGUGCAGGUGGCGGGGACGCAGAUGUAAGAUGGGAUUGGGAUGGGUUUGAUGGCGUUUGGGCUUGGGCCUGGCGGAUGGGGGACUUGAUACCAUUAUAGAUGCAUGACUGACGGCAGCGUUUGUUAUUUUUGUGGACGUGUAAUAUUUUAUGAGACUGGCGUAUAGCCAAUUCACAUUACACUUUGGCUGAGAUGGAG